AAUGCACAUUUUUCAAAACUCUAACCCUUUUCUCAGUUGCUUGGAUACAAUACACAUAACACUUAGAUCAUUUGUUCAUUCAACAAAAAUCACCUGUUCAAUAUGACACAACUUAACAUCAAAGUGCUACUAUUUCAAAAGGCAAUUCACACAUUACAUUUCAAAUGAGUGUCUAUUCAUUUCCUUACAAUGAUCUAACUAUCAAUUGAUACAACUGCUCAAAAUGAUGAGUAACUGUUGCAUUACUCUUAAUGCAUAGUUGUAUGGAAACAGACAAACAAUCUUCCAUGUUUACUGUAAAUCAUGAAUGUUUCAAGAUAACGAGAUUCAUUGUCACCAAUUAGCGCGGAGCAUGAACCAAUUAGACUACAAUAUCCAUGGAUGUAGCCUAAUAUUUUAUCAUAAUGCUUCAUCAGACACUGUGUCUAUGGCCCCAAAUACUGUACCACCUUUUCAGACUAUUUACAGUAUUGACAGUACUGCACUGUAUAGAUGCAGGCCCUUGUAAUUGCUUGUCCAGUUCUGCCAACUCAUUACUGAUGGUUGAGUGCACAUUGUGGAAUGAGUAUAUAGUGAAGAGUUGAUUGGGAUCCAAUUGCAAGAGCAUAGUGAUACAUAACAUGGAGCCAGCAGGUGAUCCAGGUCACAAUGGAGGUCAAGCAGUGGUGGGAGGAAGACGAGGAAGACGUGUUGGUCAAAGGAAUGGCAGGGGACAGGCCCUCCUUUUGAGAGGUGGUCGUGGGCCUCGUUUGAGAGGUGUGGGGGAACGUGGCAGAGGACAAGGCCACGGACCAAGACAGUGGCAGCAACAGCAUAGAGUGUCCAAUGAAAUUCGGGCAAUAGUUGUAGACCAUGUCAUAAAUCAUGGCAUGACAAUGACUGAGGUGACUACAAUGAUACAACCAAACCUCAGAAGGUCAACCGUGGCCUCAAUAAUCAGAACUUUCCGCAAUGAGAACCGGUAAGUUAUCAGCAUGUACUAAACAUUAUGCUACUCUCAAUUGUCAAAUGACUGCAUACCAAUGUGUAUCACAGAAUAGGUGAUGUGACCAAGUGUCUUCUUACUCUAAUGUUCCCUGUAGAAUUGUGACCAGUCCAAAUAGUGGAGGCAGAGGCAAAAUUCUAACUGACCAACAAGAGCAGGCUGUGGUCGAUUUGGUUCGGGCCAGAAAUGAUAUUCGCCUUACAGAAAUUCGCCAGCAUAUCUUGGACAAUGAAGACAUGUUCAACAAUGUGGGAUCCAUAAGUUUGCCGUCUAUUGCACGCAUACUGAAAAGGCACCAGGUAUCUAUAAAACAACUAUACCGUGUGCCUUUCGAAAGAAAUGCAGACAGAGUGAAGCAAAUGAGGACUGAGUAUGUUCAGAGGGUGAUGGAGCUGGAUGCUGAUGAUGACCAUCACAAAUUCAUAUAUUUGGAUGAGGCAGGUUUUAAUCUGGCCAAGACAAGGAGGAGAGGUCGGAAUUUCAUUGGCCAGCGGGCAACUAUCCAAGUACCUGGACAAUGUGGGGCCAACAUUACCAUGUGUGCGGCUAUAUCAGAAGAUGGUGUGGUGGGACGCAGACCUCAUAUUGGACCAUAUAAUGCAGCUCUCCUUGUCACCUUUCUUGAUGAGCUCGAUCAGGUUUGUAGAGCUGAAGGUGUGACCUAUGUCAUUGUGUGGGACAAUGUCAGGUUCCAUCAUGCUCAUGUGGUGCAAGCAUGGAAUUUUUCUCCGCAUGGAGAUGGAAGGUUAAUGCACCCUCAUGAACAAGUCACUCUUCUCCAGGCCAUGGAUGACGCCUGCAAUGACAUCACAGCAGACCAGUGUCAGGCCUGGAUUCGCCAUGCCCGAAGAGUUUUGAAAAAUGACAUCAAGGUUCUGAAAAUAGUAGCAAAGUGA